AUGAUUGAAGAACAACUUCAACCAAAUUCUGCUAGUGGUUCAGGUGCACUUGAACAUGAUGAAACAUUUCUCUAUCGUCGAGAUACAUCAUUAACAUCAUUUAAUAUAAUAAAUUAUCUUUUUCGUUCAUCACCAACAGCAGAUAAUAAUUCAAGCAAUGCAUAUUAUUCUCGUCCAGCUGAAUUAAAUAUUCCUGGUCCAUUACCAUUAGGUGUAGCAGUUAUUGAUGCAUCAAUUCUUCUCUAUGGUACAAUGUUUGUACGUGUACCAAAUAAACAUCGUUUAAAUAUGUUACAACAUUUUAUUGAUAUAAUUAAACAAUCAAAAAGUGCACGACAAGAAUCUGUACAAGUUAAUAUAUUUACAGCUGUUUUAACAGCAUUAAAAACAAUAGCUGAAACAAAACAAUCAUCAUCAAUGGAUGAUGAAAAUGUUAAAAAAUGUGCAUGUACACUUGUUAUGCAAACAUUAAGUCAUCAAAAUCCAAUAUUACGUUGUGCAGCUGGUGAAGCACUUGGUCGUUUAACACAUGUUGUUAGUGAUGGACGUUUUGUUGCUGAUAUAGCACAAAUAUGUUUUGAUCGUCUUAAAGAAUUUCGUGAUGUACCAUCACGUACAGGUUAUUCAUUAGCACUUGGUUGUUUACAUCGUUAUGUUGGUGGUAUGAGUACAGGACAAUAUUUAAAUUUAUCUAUAUCAAUACUUCUUGCACUUGCACAAGAUCAAACAGCAUCUAUUGUUCAAGUAUGGGCAUUACAUGCAUUAGCAUUAAUUGCUGAUUGUGGUGGACAAAUGUUUCGUUCAUAUGUUGAACCAAGUUUAGCACUUAUAUUACAUCUUCUUCUAUCAAUACCACCAUCACAAUCGGAUGUAUUUCAAUGUUGUGGUCGUUUACUUGGUGCAUUAAUUAUAACAAUUGGUCCUGAACUACAAACAAAUACAAAUUAUAUAUCAAUAUUACGUUCAUCAUGUUUAACAGCAAGUAGUCUUUUACAAAUGCAUAUUGAACCAAUUGUUCAAGCUGAAGCUAUUCAAGCAUUACAACAAUUACAUUUAUUUGCACCACGUCAUGUUAAUUUAUCAAAUUUAGUACCUGAAUUAAUUAAAGCAUUAAAAUGUCGAGAUUUAUCAUUAAGACGUGCAUGUGUUUCAUGUUUAAGACAAUUAUCACAACGUGAAGCAAAAGAAGUUAGUGAACAUGCUAAAUUAUUUAUGAAAGAUAAAGCACAAGAUUUAACAAUUGGACUUUCAGAAUUUCGAAGUCUUGAAGAAUUACUUUUUUCUAUGCUUGAUACAGAAACAGAUACAAAAUUAUGUUCGAACGUACAAGAUACACUUGUUUAUAUGCUUCAAGCAUUAGGUGCAAAUAAUUUAACACAUUGGUUACAAUUAUGUAAAGAUGUUCUUGCUGCUACAACAGAAACAUCUGGUAUGGGAACAUCUUCUGAAACCGAUCAUCAUCAUCAACAACAACAACAACAAACUUCUGGUUCAACAACAACAUCAUCAUAUUCGAAAACUUCUUCACGUCUUACAGCUGAUGAUGAUGAAGAUAGUUUUGGUCUUCAUGAUGAUGAUAAUGAUUAUGCUGAUACAGGUGGUGAUGAACAAUUACAGACAUCUAAUAAUCAAAAUACAAUACGUCGUGCAACAUCAUCAGCUAAAUGGCCAACAAAAGUAUUUGCAGCUGAUUGUGUACAAAAAUUAAUAAAUUAUUGUGAACAAACAUCAUUAGCAAAUUUACAUUUUGAUUAUAUAUCAGCUAAAGAACGUCUUCGUACAUAUCCAAAUGAAGAUUAUCUUGUUAUACAUUUAAAUACAUUAAUUACAUUUUCAUUUAUGUCAUGUACAUCAACAAGUGAUCAAUUACGUUUAUCUGGUUUAUCAUUACUUAAACAAGUAAUAUUAAAAUUUGCACAUAUUCAAGAAGAUAUUGAUUUACCAGGUCAUGUUAUCCUUGAACAAUAUCAAGCACAAGUUGGUGCUGCUUUACGACCAGCUUUUUCACAAGAUACAUCAUCACAUGUAACAGCACAAGCAUGUGAUGUAUGUAGUACAUGGAUAUCAAGUGGUGUUGCACAUGAUUUAAAUGAUUUACGACGUGUACAUCAAUUACUUGUAUCAUCCUUACAAAAAUUUACAUCAAUACAACAACAUAAAAAUGAUACAUCAAUGAUUUAUAGUGAAAAUGCUUUAACAAUUGAAAAUUUAGCUGUUUUACGUGCAUGGGCUGAUGUUUAUAAUGUUGCAACUAUACGGCAAAAUGAAGAAAAAAAUAAUCCAAAUAGUAAUUUAUUAAUACUUGUACAACCGGAAUUAAAUGUUCUUAUACAUCAUUGGCUAGCUGCAUUAAGUGAUUAUGCUUUUUUAAUAUUACCAAAUGAAUUUGGUGGUGGUGGUGGUGGUAGUAUUGAUGAAAAUUCUCAUGGAGGAAAUUUUUAUUCAGCUGAAUCAAAUAUUGAUUUAACACGUACAAUUUAUAAAGCUAAUUGGUCAUCAAUUAUGCAAGCAACAACAUUAUGGCUUAGUGAACAUCAUUAUGAACUUGAAACAUUAGCUGCCAAUCAAAAACAUAUUGGAUAUAGACAACGUGAUAUAUUAAUGACAAAAUUUAUAACAUCAACAUUAUCAAAUAAAAUACGAACAUUUCCAGAAAAAAAAGAAGAUAUUUUUGCAAUGUUAUUAGGUUGUUGUAUUGAAGCACUUUCAAUAUCAAUUUCAGAACAAACAGAAUUAAAUAUUGAAUCGAUUUUAUCUUCAUUAAUGAAUUUACUUCAAUCAGAUAUAGCUACAAAUCAGAUAACAAUGCUUGUGUGUAUUGAAAUACUCAAUGUUUUACAGCGUCUUCAUUUUGUUCGUACUGAUUUAAAAACUCAUUUACAUAUAUUAAAAAUUGUUGAUAAAAUUUUUCAUAUUGUUCCAUCAUUUUCACAAAUAACAACAAAUGUAAAUGAAGAUCAUCUUGUACCAGGCGAAUCAUUUUUAUUUGCAUCAUUAGAAUUACUUGUUUGUGUUCUAUUAAGUUAUUAUCCAAAUAUAGCUGGUGAUUUACAAUUAGGUCCAAUAUUUCAAAUGAAAUUAUCUAUAAAAGCAAAUUUAGAUAAUCAAAAAACUAAUGAAUUAAUUUUAUUAAAUGUUAAACUUCUUAGUGAACUUAUUACAUUAUGUACAACAGAUGAUAGUCUUCAAGCAUUAAUACCAGUCAUUCUUCAUUUAUUAUUAUCAAUAAGUUUUGUACUUCUUUCAAUAAAAACUGAUGAUCAAAAACAGUUAUUAUCAACUAUAAUUCAAUUUAUUGAAAAUAUUUUUUCUACAAAAAUUGAUAAAGAUAUUUUAUGUUGUACAAUGAUUACGAUUAUUAAUUUAAGAACAAAUUUGACAAAUAAAGGUAUUUCUGACAAUGGACAUUUUAUUCAAUGUCUUACAUCAUUAAUUAUUAAUUCAACAUCAAUUGAUUUAACAGAUCAAUGCAUAGAUUUUUAUCGACAAGCAUUUAAUGAUGAAAAACAUGAAACUCGUGUUCGUUUAUUUCAAUGUAUUAAUCAAUUAUUUCAAUGUACAACUAUUGCAAUACGUAAUCAAUUUAUACAAAUAUUCACACCAUUAUUAUUAAAUGAAUUAAAAAAAUAUACUGAAGAUCAACAACAAGAAUAUAUGAUUGAAAUUUUAAAAUGUUUUGAAACACUUUUAACUAUCGUUGACUCAACAUUACGCAUACGUUUGGCAUCCUUAAUCAUUCCAUUAUUUAUUAAUUUUCUUCCUGAUUCCACAAUAUCUUUACAAAAAGUAAAUUAUUUAAAUGCACGUUUAAUAUCAUAUAUAAUCGAUCGUAUACAAUAUUUAAUUCCAAUAUAUUCAAAUGAAUUUCGUAUUAUUCUUCAAACUUUACCUGAUCUUCGAACAAAACUUGAAAAUGCUAUUCGUCGACAACAACAACUUAAACAACUUCAACAACAACAAAAGGAUGAAAAAGAAUCAAAUUAUUUAUCAAAACAUUAUAAUUCAUCUAUGAACACAUCAUCACAAGUACCUUCACUUCCUCUUCGUAUUGAUUUUUCAAAUUUUAAAUCAUCAUAA